UCACGUAAACACGCGGUGACGUCAAUACGAAGAAUGUGCUGUUUACUUCCUGAAGCUCCCUUCUUUACUCUUUGGUAUGGCAUAGUUUUAACCCAUGCGAACAUUUAUAAAUGAUAACGCGCGUGUGCUGUCUACAGUUUGACAUCUGACACACCGUUUUCUCGAUUGUGGACUCAUUAGGAUGGUGAAACUGUGAAACAGACCUUAAUCUAAAUGGCUUAAGUUAGCAUUAGCUACAUAGCUGGCCAGUUUACCAUAGAUGGACAUAAUUCGACUGAGCGAACUGCGCUGAUUGAAUACCAAAGCGAGCAGUUCUGAUGGAACCGUAUAAAUGCAAUACCAUCUAUAAAUAUCUUAUUAAACUGUCUGGAAUACUUUUUGUGUAGAUAGCAAGCAGCAUUUAUUUUUUAUUCAUAAAGAAUUCUACAUAUGGCUUUAAAUCAAUCUGAAACCAAUUUUAAAGCCUACUGAGUGUUACAUCCCAAAGGCAAAUCCCAGCCUGCCAGUCAACAAUUAAAACUACAUGAAUGAAUCCUUCUGAGGGACAGCUGAUCCAGUAAGUCAUUCAUCUAGUAUCCAGGUGAAGCUGCUUUAGAUUUUAUAGGUGCCAUGGAGUCCAGUGAAGACGGGGGUUGCAGUGUCGGAGGUCCAUCAGGGGAUGAAAACUACUUCCAGGGCUACACCUUCACAGAUCGCUCGCAUUCCAGCCGUGUUGUGAAGAGCAUCAUGGACUUGUGUCUGGAGGAUGGUUUGUUUGCAGAUGUCACCAUCACCGUGGACAGCAAAGAGUUCCAGCUUCACCGCCUGGUACUCUCUGCACAAAGCUGCUUCUUCAGGUCCAUGUUCACCUCUAACCUCAGAGAAGCUUAUGAUCGUAAUAUUGAGCUUAAGGAUGUCAGUGCACCAGUCUUUCAGUCGCUGGUGGACUACAUCUACCAUGGGACAAUCAAACUUAGGGUUGAAGACCUGCAGGACACUUAUGAGAUGGCUGAUAUGUAUCAGCUCACUGCCCUGUUUGAGGAGUGCUCUCGCUUCCUGUCACGAACUGUGGACAUCAAGAACUGCCUCCAGGUGAUGUGGUUGGCAGAUAGACACAGUGACCAGGAGUUGUACACGGCUGCCAAGCACUGUGCGAAGAUUCACCUGGUUCAGCUGCACCAGACAGAGGAGUUCCUGAACUUGCCGUUGUGCCUUCUCAUGGAUAUCAUUAAAGAUGGUGUGCCAAGCUCACAAAAUCCAACUGCAGCUAUUAAAUCUUGGAUAAAUCACAACAAAGUCGAACGAGAGGAGUAUUCUGAUAUGCUUCUAGACAGCCUAAAGGAGAUUGGUGAAAAAGUGCACAUAUACUUAAUUGGGAAGGAAGACACACGCACACAUUCAUUGGCAGUGUCUCUUCAUUGUGAUGAGGAUGACGCCAUCAGUGUAAGUGGCCAGAACAGCUUGUGUCACCAGAUCACAGCUGCCUGCAAGCAUGGGGCUGAUCUAUAUGUUGUAGGGGGCUCCAUACCGCGACGCAUGUGGAAAUGCAACAUGCACACUAUGGACUGGGAGCGCUGUGCCCCUCUCCCCCGGGACCGUCUGCACCACACGUUAGUGUCUGUGUCCACAGAGGAUGCCAUAUACUCACUGGGAGGCAAGACCCUCCAGGACACUCUCUCCAAUGCUGUCAUUUACUACACAGUACAGGACAAUAUAUGGAAAGAGACCACUCAACUAGACACAGCCGUGUCAGGUGCAGCUGGAGUCAAUUUGGGAGGCACCAUUUACCUUUUGGGUGGGGAGGAAAAUGAUAUGGACUUCUUUACCAAACCAUCUCGCCUUAUCCAGUGCUUUGACACGGCUACACAGAGGUGUCAUACCAAGCCCUACAUGCUGCCUUUUGCCGGAUGCAUGCAUGCCACCGCCCAUAAGGACCUCAUCUUUGUGGUGGCAGAGGGUGACUCUCUGGUGUGCUAUAACCCACUGCUGGACAGCUUCACUCGGCUGCGCUUCCCUGAAGUAUGGAGCUGCGUGCCAUCUCUAUGGAAAGUGGCCAGUUGCAAUGGAUGCAUCUAUGUUUUUAGGGACAAAUGCAAGAAAGGUGAUGCAAACACUUUGAAAUUGAAUCCUGCCACGUCGGUUGUCUCGGUAAUCAAGGGAAUCAAAAUCCUCCUCACAAACUGGCAGUUUGUUUUGGCCUGAGAUGUUCAAAUAAUGCAUGGGACCAUGAUAAAUGUACUGUGGUGAUAUCAGUUAUGGUCUGUCAUAUUGAUUCAUUAGACAGCAGUAAUGUAAAAGUUGUUCCUGUGAAACAGUGGUACAAGCUUUAUAAUGUCAUGUGAAGUGUUUCACACUAGGACACCAUAAAGUGUUAAUGAAGGCCAAAUAUAAUGUGUGAUUUUGUCAUUUGCAGUUUACUUGACCAUUGAAGUUUGUCAAGUUUUGGUGAAACCUUCCACAAGUGGUUUAUUUGGAUUUCAAAAGGGAUUUAAUAUUUAUUAAUAUUAAAAUAUUUUAGUACUAUUGUCAAAGGCCAUUUAAGUAACAUUCAUAAUGAAAGUUUGCAAGAAAUGUGUUCAUAUUGCAACUUGUCUAUCUUGCUUUAUGGCAAGAUGGCGUUUACCUCCGAUCUCUGUUUCUCAGUGGUUUUUGACUCGAUAGGAACUAUAUGCCACCUCAAGCUGGUAUAAAAACUGUUUACAUUUUACUUCACCAUCCGGUGUAUGAAAAAGCUGUCCAUUUUUAUGUCCGCCAGAAACACAAGCUUAAUUUUGUUGAUUUUUGUGGCUGGUUCAGAUUAUUGUUAGUUACGGUGAUUUGACUUUUUGAAGUUUUUUAAAUAAAUGUCUGUGUUGUUCUACUCUGUAA